CGGGGGGAAUGGGAACGAGUGGUGUGGUUUGUGUAAAUGUCAUCUCUUGCACGUUCACCCUUUCUAUAAAUACCCAAAAAUUUCUCGUUUAUCAUAAUCAUCUCUCAUCCCUUCAUCUCUCUUUCUAUCUCUCCAUUUCCUCAAAGCUAACUUUUAGAGAAUGGGAAGCUCUGGUGGUAUUAACUAUGGUGCUUACACUUAUGAGAAUCUUGAGAGGGAACCUUACUGGCCAUCCGAGAAGCUCCGUAUUUCCAUUACUGGGGCUGGAGGAUUCAUCGCUUCUCACAUUGCUCGUCGUUUGAAGAGCGAGGGUCACUACAUAAUUGCAUCCGAUUGGAAGAAGAAUGAGCACAUGACAGAAGAUAUGUUCUGUCAUGAGUUUCAUCUUGUGGAUCUUAGGGUUCCGGAUAAUUGCUUGAAGGUUACAAAAGGAGUCGACCAUGUCUUCAACCUCGCUGCUGAUAUGGGUGGCAUGGGCUUCAUUCAGUCCAACCACUCGGUUAUUUUCUAUAACAACACUAUGAUCAGCUUUAACAUGAUGGAAGCUGCUAGGAUUAAUGGUGUCAAAAGGUUCUUCUAUGCAUCUAGUGCUUGCAUUUACCCCGAGUUCAAACAACUUGAAACAAAUGUCAGCCUGAAAGAAGCUGAUGCAUGGCCUGCAGAGCCUCAAGAUGCUUACGGCUUGGAGAAGCUCGCCACAGAAGAAUUGUGCAAACAUUACAACAAGGAUUUUGGAAUUGAAUGUCGUAUUGGAAGGUUCCAUAACAUCUAUGGUCCUUUUGGAACUUGGAAAGGUGGAAGGGAAAAAGCUCCUGCCGCUUUUUGUAGAAAAGCCCAAACUGCAACGGAUAAGUUUGAAAUGUGGGGAGAUGGACUUCAAACACGUUCAUUCACCUUCAUUGAUGAAUGUGUAGAAGGGGUUCUCAGAUUGACAAAAUCUGACUUCCGGGAGCCAGUGAACAUUGGAAGUGAUGAGAUGGUCAGCAUGAACGAGAUGGCUGAGAUGGUUCUCAGCUUUGAGGAUAAGAAGCUUCCCGUCCACCACAUACCUGGACCAGAAGGUGUCCGUGGUCGGAACUCAGACAACACGCUGAUAAAAGAGAAGCUAGGUUGGGCUCCAACAAUGAGAUUGAAGGAUGGUCUGAGAAUUACAUACUUCUGGAUCAAGGAGCAGCUCGAGAAAGAGAGAUCUCAAGGAGUCGAUACUGCAACCUAUGGGUCCUCCAAGGUGGUGGGCACCCAAGCUCCAGUUCAGCUUGGUUCCCUUCGUGCUGCUGAUGGCAAGGAAUAAGUUCAUCCCCUCUGUUAUCAUUUUAAUUGGAAGCCAAUCCCUGUUAUGGCAGUGCUGCAUUAUGUAAUAUGGCGUCGUAAAAGAUUUUUUGGCUUUUCUUGGUUUUGAACUCAUGGCGUGUAAUCUUGACCCUCUUAGCUUGUGAAGGGGAUAAGUUUAAUGCUUGAGCUGUAUUUAUUUAUCAGUAAUUUGAAUAACUGGCAAUGGAUCCUUUUUCCCUAGUUCAGGAUCUUGCUGUUCUGCUGUUGGUGACAUGUAUGUCAUGUAAUCAGUUUGUUACCUGAAUUAAGGUUUUAAUAUAUAUGCGAGACUUGAUGCAAA